CAAGAUUGCCAACAAUAGCAACAGCAACAACAACCAUGAUCCGGAAUCUACCUGCAUGUCUGCUGUGCCUCCAUGGACUCGGCACCCUUUCCACUCCUGGAUUCUCUCCCCCGAUGUUAUCACGAUGUGUGGCUAGUGCUACGUCAAAAAGGCGCCCCUCUCGCUUUACCCUUUCUAACCGAGUUGCCGAGAGGCUCAUCGAGAGGAAGCGGAAACCAGAGCCAACCCAUGGAAUGAACAGAACAGAAGCAAAUAUCACCCAACCCGUCUGGAGGAAUAGACGGUCCUGCUCCAAGGAGCAUGAUGGUCAGGCCCGGGGGCGGUUACCAAGGUAUGGAAAAUUUGACCCCAAACAUAUGAGAAUGGCGCAAUCCCUUGGGGUCAUUUCAAGAGCACAAAGAGACGAGGUCAAAUCUGAGGUUGACAAGUGGUUUUCAUUUGACGACUUUGAUUUACUACCAUCUAUAAAAGAGGGUAUUAUACAAGGAGCUUUGAAGGGGCUGGAUACCGUUGAACCUUCUCCGGUUCAGAAGCUGGUCAUUCCGGUGCUAACCGGGCAGGCCACAAGGAGGCAUAAACAUACAAUUAAUGACAAGAAUCCUUAUGAAACCUUUCUUGUCGCAGCCGAGACAGGUUCCGGAAAGACACUUUCAUACGUUGUUCCCAUUCUGGAUUUCCUCAAGCGGAGUGAGGAAGUUUCCCGAAAAAAUAGUGGAGCGGGAACAAGCGUGGAGAGAGUCCCUGCCCCGAAGGCUCCUGCCAAAGAUCUAUUCGAUCUAGAAAUACCCCUCAUUGAGCCAAAAGAGGACAAGGAGGACUACGGGAAACCUCGGGCGAUAAUCCUCGUCCCAACCUCCGAACUCGUCACCCAAGUAGCAAGCGUAGUAAAGUCCAUAUCACACAUCGCCAAAUUCCGCACAGCAAUGAUAUCUAGCAACUUUACCGCCACUGUGAUUCGCAACCGCCUCUUCUCUGGACCCUUAGACGUCCUGGUAUCAACCCCAUACAUCCUCUCCAGCCUCGCAGAAGACAGCCCGAAAAUCCUCUCGAAAUGCACACACCUGGUAGCAGACGAAGCGGACUCCCUCUUCGACCGCGAAUUCGUCCAGCUCACCACAUCAAUAACAGAGCGAGCGCGGGCACUGGAGAAGCUAAUACUCUGCUCAGCCACGAUUCCAAAGUCCUUGGACAUGCGACUGCGCAAGUUCUACCCGAGCAUACAACGCCUCGUGAGCUCCAAAAUCCACACGGUGCCCCGAAGGGUCGUCCUGUCGGUAGUAGAUGUAGACCAGAACCCCUACCGCGGCAACAGGUUCCUCGCCUGCGCCGAAACGCUCUCGCAGAUCGCGAAGGAGCAGAGUGAGGAAGGCUUCAUCAAAAAGGUCGUCGUCUUCGUGAACCGGCGCGAGUCCACCACCGAGCUCGUCUCCUUCCUUCGUGAGAAGGGCUUCGAUGCCGCAAACCUCAACCGCGACACGGACGACCGCAAAAAUGCUGCCGUCCUAGAGUACUUCACCGGCCCGAAGGUCAGCGCAGACCCAAUGGCUCGCGCACUCGAGAAGAUGAAGGUCCUCGUCACCACGGACAUCGCGAGUAGGGGUGUUGACACCAAGAACGUCAAGAACGUGCUUCUGUACGAUGUCCCGUACAACACUAUCGACUUUAUACACAGGCUUGGACGCGUCGGCAGGAUGGGGAAGAGGGGGAAAGCUGUACUAUUUGUAGAUAACGAUACGAAUAAGGCUUGGAUUAAGGAGAUUAAGAAGUAUUAUCCCUCUGUUCCCCCUCCUACCCUGCCCCCCGCCCUCUCUGCGACUGCCGUUUCGGCUGCAGAUUUCAGAGCUAAUUUGUUUUCCUUUCACAGGAGUAUGUAUAUGGGCGGACCAUUACUGUAGAUUUGGCACGGGUUGUAUAUGCACGUAAUGUAUCAUAUAGCAUCUAGAUAGACUAGGGCCUUGUGGAUUUGUCGAGUAAAUUGGCCAUUUGGCUUAGAAUAGAGGUUCAAUAUGCCGAGUGACAUUGUAUGAUUGGACCGUUCGCGCCCGGCAGGUCAGGUGCCCGCUUGCCC